UUCCGGGAGUGACACGCAUCCUCAGAGACACAUUGAAGCUGCAUUGACAAUAUAAUUAGCAAGUGCCUUUUCAUGCCACUCAUACAGAGCAUUAUUUAGUGUCAUGCAAAUUGUGUCCGUGCAAUGUUGAAGUGUUGCUGUCUUCUUUCAGUCAGCUAACUGAUGUUUAUUGCGCCAACGAAUCAGCUUUGUAGGUGAGAUAGCAAACUGCCAGUGCGCCGUUAUCUAGCCUGCUAGCUAAGCACCAUUGGGAUUGGCUGUUAAUCUUUUACUACAUAUCAUAGCUCUCCAGCUAAUUUGUACAAUGGAGUUUCCUUUUGAUAUUAACCAAAUAUUCUCCGAGAGGGUCUCCAUCUUGGACCAGACCCUUGUUGCAGGCCGCAGAUCAGCAGAAAGGCCUGAUCUUCAAGGCCAUAUAGCCACAGUUAUUGAUGAACUUGGCAGAGCCUCAGCAAAGGCCCAACAGCUUACAGCACCGAUAACGAGUGCUUCCAAGCUGCAAUCUCAGAGGCAUCAGCUCUACCUGCUGAAGGAUGGAGAGAGCAGCGGAGGGCGUGGUGUGGUCGUGGGAUUUCUGAAAGUUGGCUACAAGAAGCUAUUUCUGCUUGACCGUGGAGGUGUGCAUAUAGAGGCAGAGCCCCUGUGUGUCUUGGAUUUCUACAUAACAGAGAACUUGCAGCGACAUGGCUAUGGACUGGAGCUAUUUGAUUUCAUGUUGCAGCACAAGAAUUUAGAGCCAAUGCUGAUGGCUUAUGACAGGCCCUCACCCAAAUUCCUGUCUUUCUUGGCAAAGCAUUACAGCCUGACACAGAGUGUUCCUCAGGUCAAUAACUUUGUGGUGUUUGAGGGCUUCUUCUUCUUCAACAGAUCAGGCUUAUCCUCCUCUCCUCUGACGGAUCAGGGGAUGGACGGCUUUUUUGGCCCAGUUGAGAAAGGUUCCCCUAAAAAAGCCGGACGGAGAGAUCAAACCCUACUCUUUAAUGGAGAGAGAAGUGGUACGUCAGGAACAGAGGACUCUCCCAUGGCCAUUUGCUCCUCCUCAUUCCCCCCAGCGAUUGGUAUCCUCCCAGUGCUCCCACUCCCUCAGCAUGAGAUCCUCCCCCAGCAGGGCGCCCCCUCAAGUCGUCCCGCCUUCUUGCCCUGGAUGCAGCAGGAUCCAGAGCCCACAGUCACCUCUCAUAGAUCGCUACAGGGAAAGACGCAGCAGCCAACAGGGUCUCGCUGCUAGAUGUAGCCUGUACAGUUGGAAUAUGGACAGCAGAGCUGUUGGACCGCUGGACAGACCCUUGCCAGGUAAUGUUUUGUGAAGAUGUUAAUGGAACUUAAAAACCUUUGUUAGACUCAUGUAGGGACCAUAUCAUGUUGGAAUUACUGAGCUCUGUUUGUGUGACAAAACAGUCUUCAUUACUUCAAGACCAUUCACAAGCUUCGUGAGAGCUUUCAACCACAUAAUCAGUCUUCAUCAAUUAGUAUUUGUACAGUAUAUGGCAGCCAAUUGUUUUGUCUGAGUAAGACUUAAAUGUGGCAUAAUGUCCAAAAAGUGAGUGGACCUAUAAUCAAAGUAUGCGGUUAACAUACUGACCUCAAAGUCUAGAAGGAAUUUCCAUGUUUACAUGUUUAUAUAUUGAGCACCAAAAACCAUCAAUUUGCAGCAUUAAUAUACUCACCUUCAAAACCAACUGUAGUGCAGCCAUUCAUUUAGUGUAUAUUAUUACUAAACAUUUUAUUAUACAUUUUUUAGGAGCAUCACUGUGUAAUGUCAUAAUUACAAUCGCAGCCAUUCAUUUGAAUUCUGUAAUACAAAUAGUUCACUUUAGAAUGAAGCUGCUGUCAUUAUCCACUUUUACAAUAGUAAAACCCCAGUAAUGUUGUUUGGACACUGAAUAAAUCCGCCUUUCUAUAUUGAUUUAUUUCACUCUCACUCAUGCCAGUUAUUUUCUGGCUGUAAUUUAUUGACUCAUUCCUAUUUAAAACUGGUAUCCCUUAAUGGUGAUCACAUAAUUAUGAAUUAGUGCCACAGCUAUAUGUUGUAUUUGAUUUCCAUUGUGGAAAGAAUGCCACAAGUGUGUUCAGCUGUUAUAUCUGACAAAGGUGGCUACUUUGAUGAGUCAAAAGUUUAGAAUACAUUUUAGUUUCUACCUCUUUUUUUUACUUCAUUUGUGUAUUUGUUCUAUGCUUUCAUUUCAGAGUACAGUGAGACAUUAACAUGCAUAAUUUCCAAUAAAAAACUGGAAAAAUUGGGCUGUUCUAAAGCCUUUGACAGGUAGUGUAUAUUUUUUUUAAGUAUACUUAUUAUUAUUAAAAUAACCUAUAUUUUUGACUCGGUCAAUCUGUCCCUGCCUGAUGCAUUGCACAAAUUAAGAUAAAGUAUAAAGUGAUCUGGUGCUGAUUAUUCUAAAAAAAACAAAAUGAGGAGAGAGGGGGGGAAGGUAGAAAGGCAGAGUUCAGACUCAGAUACACCUACAGAUAAAGAGUGCAUUGUUUUGUUUGUGGCAAUCUAUGGAGCAAUGUUUGAAGUGCCAUAACUUGAGAAAUAAUGUAGCUAGAGUACUGAAAUUUUGUAGACGCAUUGAUAUGUACAUCUGAUCUUCAGUGCUACAACCCUACUUUGAGAAAAUAAUCCAAAACAGUUAAAGGAUGGUCCAAAUUUGAUUAAAAAUAAUUGAAUGGGUCUGGAUACUCUAAUUUUCCAUCAACCAUAAAACCUUUACUUUUUACCAUAAGGGGCUGAAUUGUUUUUCCUGUGAAUGGCAGCAAUAGGAGCUUUAAUAUUGUAGAGUAUGGUGCUGGAUAUUCCAAAAGAUGCUGAUGCCAUACACUUUAGGUGUAUGUUUUGUAAAUAUCUGUAAUUACACAAAAUGGUUUCAACAGAAGAAUUUGUAAGAACAUUUUCUGUUGGUGAUAAACUUAGUUGUGGUGAACCUUGCCACAACCUGGAUUACACCAAAACCUGAAAUGAUAGGUACCAGCUGUUUACAUCACACCUUGAGCAUUGUGUAUUCUUCAUAUGUACAGUAUGUCAAUUGUGAACCACUUUUGCUUGGUGUUGUAUUAAGCGAUGUUUCACUUGAUAUUACAUUCAUAAAAUAAAUCUAAUUGAAUAUGUUAAAUUCGACAUUGAACAUUCAUUGCUUAUGCUACCAUGCUUACCAAAUAGUUUGAAGCACUAUGGUUUGGAAAAGUAUGAUUUUUGUUAUAGCCCAGUAACACUUUUAGAGAGAUUUCACCUGUCAUACAUGCUCAAUACAUGUUCAAAUAUUGGCCAUAUUUUCAAUAAUAAGUAUGCCUCUGACUGGCACCAUGCUCUAUAGUUUUAAAGCUCCUAUUGGUGCCAAUCACAGGAAAGACAUGUAGCCUCUUAGGGUGAAAAACAAAGGUUUUAUGUUUGGAGGAAUAUUGGAGUAAAUGGAGACAAAAAAAAUUGACAUUUUUUGGACCAAAUUUACAACGUCAUAUAACGGGUAUGUAUUGUUCUGUCAAAGCAUGUGUCGUGGUUUCUCAGACAUCGAGGAUGUGCAGAUGUUGAAGAAAACGUCCGUUGACACUGACUUGGUUAAUAAUAUGUUUGUUAUAAGGAAGAACAGCAUCGGUCAGACAGAGACUGUCUGGGAGGAUUCAGCCAAAUAAACCUCCCAGAAUAACAACCGGAGGUCACUUUUAUAUGCUUUGGACAAGAAGGUCAAGUAUGAGGUCACAACAAAUGUUUCUGCUAAAAGACCAAAAUAGGACACAGAGGGCCCCUUCAAUCAUCCUCCUAGACACAAAGGCCCCAAAGAGCCCCAUCGAUCAACCUCCUGAAGAUUGGGACCCUUAUUUGAACACAGCAUUGAACCAUUCUAGACAGUCAAGAGCAGAUGAAGCACAUUCCAUUCUAGAAAGUCGAAAGCAGAUGAAGCGCAUUCCAUUCUACUAAAUAUAUUAACACAUCUCAGAUCAGAUACUGCACAUGGUUGUACCAUUGAAGAUCAUAUGUACAUAUCAAUGAGCCUGCUAAAAUUCAGUUCUCUAGCUACAACAUUUUGAAGUUGUGGCACUUCAAACAUUGCUCCAUAGAUUUGCGUGACGAAAACAAUGCAAAAAUCGACAUGACACCACCUUCUUAAAGAAUAUUUGUCAAAAACUAAUGUUAGCUAUGACCCCAGAUUUUACACACGGUCAACUCAAUCAGUAUUCAUACCAUCCAGCUAAACAAAAUUUUUCCAAACUAAGUAUACCUCACUAUAGCAUGCACUUCAUGAGGCCAGCACCUCACUGCACUGUAAAGACUCCUUAGAAACAGCGUGACAUGACAAUAAUCCCGAGGCAUUGAUCUAGCCUCCAAGCUAUGAGGCACAAUGGUGCAACAUCAUGUUGCCACCUUCACAGUAUAGGUGGCAUCGUGAAGAAUGAAAUAUUGUGGCUAUAUUGAAGCAAAAUCUCAAAUCAUCAGCCACAAAGUUAAAACAUCUCCUCAAUGGGCUUUCCAAAUGGACACUGAUAACAAGUAUACUUCCAAAGUUGUGGUAAAUUGGCUGAAGGACAGCAAAGACAAGGUGUUGCAGUAGUCAUCGCACAGCACGACCUCAGUCUAAGGUGUUUGUAAGCAAGUAGGCCUACAAACGUGACCACCACGGCUUUCAGGAGGAGUGGGCCAAAACUACAGCAAGUCAAUGUGGGAGGCUUGCUGAAGGCUACCUGAAAUGAUCGACCCAAGCUAAACAAUUUAAAGGCAAUGCUACCAAAUACUGACUAGUGUAUGUAAACUUUUGACCCAUCUAAAAUGUAAAAAAAGAAAUUAAAGCUGAAAUAAAUUGUUCUCUCCACUGA